GAAAAAAAGAGUGGAGGUAAAAUGGAGGGACGCCCCCGCGGCGGCGGCCGGACCGCCAUGGACUACUCGCUGGCGGCGCUGAAGCUGUUCGCCUCGCAGCUGGCGGGAUCCACGACCGCCCCCUCCUCGGAGGGCUCCUCCCCGGCGCAGAUGCUCUUCGGCAUCCGCUUCCAGCGCGCCUGGAUCCAGGGCGUGGUGGUGCGCGCGGACUACAGCGUCGGCGACGGGAGGCUGUUCGUGGAUGACGGCUCCUGCGUCACCGAGCUCAUGCUCCGGCCCGAGGAUGCCAAGGGCCAGCCCUGGCGCCCAGGGAUGUAUGUGCUGAUUAUUGGGGCAUAUAUUGCUCCCCAGUCUACUGAAAGUCUGCCAAUGGUCAAGGUGCACAAGAUAGUGGAUCUCUCUGGGCACCCGGACCGUGAAGCGAUGUGGUACAUGGAAGUGGCCGAGGCAUACAACUUCUUCUACAAGGCUGACGCCUCCGGUGCCGGCUCACCGCCAUGAGCACUCCUUGGUCUCUCCCGACGAUCCGUUUCAGUGCGGCACUCUCUUACAUUGCUGCCAUUGUCGUAGAUUGCUGCUGGUAACUCACCUCAGAGAAUGCUCUGCUUUCCUUUUGUUGUGGAGGUCGGCAGUCCAUAUAGGCUUAGACUUACUUUAGGCUCGCUCAUUUCUGAAGCAAAACAACCAGAAUCGAGUUCAUCACUCAGAGCUCGGUUUUCGGACGAUGCUUGCAUGCCCAAACAAGCAUUGCUCUUUGGAAUUUCCCUCUUUUUGCCCCCAAAAGAAGGAACCCCCCGUACCA